AUGCAUCCUGCAAAGCACGCCGAAAGCGUCCCGGAUGCGGCGUCGUCAGACCCCCAAGGGCCCAAGGCCGCCGGUACAAGACACGGAGGAGAAACACCCUCGCGCGGUGCAAAGCCUGUGAGCGCCCUGAGGCGGAUCAGCAUUAGUGCUGGUGGUGGCAGUGGCCUCAUGGGGAUAUCGGAGAUGAUUUCUCGGCUGGGAAUAUCUUCUGCUGGGAGUGUCACCCUCUUCCCUCACCCACCUGCAUGUCUCCGGGCCUUCUGUCAGUCAACGACUCUGCGAACUUAUGACUACUGUACGUACGAGGACUGCGACGAUAGCGUGGCCGGGCGUGCGGACGAAAUAGUGUCCCGCGUCCCUGUUGUUCACCUGAGGUCCUCCCGCACAGAUACUCCGGAGUUCUUCGUCCUCUGGUACGCUAUUUCGUAUCCUCCGAACAAUCCAGAUUCCUGUCUCGAGGCCUUGACCCCCGGCGGCAAGGGUGCUGGAAAUCUCUCUCAGAUCUGUAGAUCAUCCGCCAAGGAUGUUUGCCCCCAUCGGUACCCAGGUGAGGGUACGCUUUCGGAUCAUCUCAGGGCUGUCGAUAAUCCUAUCUAA